AUGCCGACCUCCACAAGCAUAUCUGGGGAGGACCUCUCGGGGACUUUCAUUAGUGAGACCAAGCCACUAGUUGGCUUCAAUAAAGAAUCAGAAUCACCAAGUUGUUUUAUUGAUGCCAAUGAGUUAGAGUUAGUGGAGAGUAAGUUGUUUGGAUUAUCUUGUCUGGAAGAAGAAUUACAGGCAUAUUUUUCAUAUGAUAAAUACGACAUGGAAGUGUUAGGAGAACUGUAUAGCGGAGCUCUGAAUUCUUAUCCUGCUGGAGAUACAAUGGAACAGCUAUCUGAAAACGAGAUCCUAAAUGAUACAGUUCACAACAGUUCAGCCAGUUUCCUUAGCUUCCCCCAGGAUUGUGAGUUACACAAAGCACUUGGACCAACUUUUGAAAGACAUGCCAAUGAAUAUUUGUGGAACUCGUCUUUCUCAGUGGAUAAGACAUGUAACAGCUCAAGUUUUGUCUCCAAUAGGAUUCUCUCUAAUGGAUUUGAGCCAUCACGGUUUGUGAAAGAAGGUGAUACAGAAUAUCUGUUGGAAGCUGUUGUUACCAAUGCAUGUGGUGAUUUAGAUGAUACUUCUGAUAUAUGUGAUAGUGUCAAGUCAUCUUUAACUUCGUUGGGGCAAUUUGUUUCUUCAUUGCAACCACAAAGCGAAUACGAGGCAAGUGUGUUGAUUGGCGAUGAUUCAGUUUCCCGGAGCCAUUUCACAUCCUCAUGUAUUGCUCUUGAGAGAAAUGAACACUCUCCAAGUUUAACAACUAUCAAGAGUACAAUGGGCACGGUUAUUGACAAAGAAAAGCUGGAAAAAGAUUCCAAGUACAUGAAGCCCAAGAAGGAAUCAAAGCCAUCCCCUGUCAGCAAAAAAAGGGCUAGGCCAGGUGAUAACCAAAGACCAAGACCUAGGGAUAGACAGCUGAUCCAGGACCGGCUCAAGGAACUGCGGGACCUUGUUCCAAAUGGCUUGAAGUGUAGCAUAGAUGGCCUCUUAGAUCGAACCAUAAAGCAUAUGCUGUACUUGAGAAGUGUAACUGACCAGGCUGAGAAGUUGAGACAAUGGGUGUACAACGAGAUGGGUGCCCGCAAGGAUUUAAGAUCAUCUGAAACCUCAGAUAGAAACCAAAAUGGGACAACUUGGGCCUUUGAUUUGGGAAACGAUGUCUUGGUUUGCCCCAUAGUUGUUGAGGAUCUUGCAUACCCAGGACACAUGCUUAUAGAGAUGCUAUGCAACGAGCACUGUCUGUUUCUUGAGAUUGCUCAGGUGAUUCGCAGUUCUCAAUUAACCAUCUUGAAGGGUGUAAUGGAAAGUCGUUCAAACAACACAUGGGCUCAUUUCAUUGUUGAGGCAUCCAAGGGAUUUCACAGGACGGAUAUUUUCUGGCCUCUGAUGCACCUCUUGCAGCGCAAAACAGAUUCCAAGAUUUAACGUCCUAGGGCUGUUCUAAAAAAAAUUUCAAUUCACAAAUAUCUUUGGAUUGCUAAGUUUUAGAGUGAGAAACCUAAUGAACAUCUAUUGUAUUAAUACAGAGUUGUAUUAUGUGUACAAAGUCAGCAAAUUUCCACUGCAA